AUGGAAUUUUCAGCGUUUCUAAUAUUGGCAGUCUGGACUACAUCGAUAACUUACUUGACGUCUGGUAAAGAGCGAGAGCGCGCAAUGGUGUUUCCGGACUACUACUUCUUUGCUGAAAGACGACUGGUAAACCAUACUAUCGAAACAAGAAAAGUCAAGAACUUUGAUGAUUGUGAGCUUUUGUGCUACCUGAACGACAAUUGUGCCAGUCUUAACUUCAAAAAAGAUCCUGACAAUAAUGAACCAGUUCACAUCUGUGAACUAAAUAACGCCACGCAUCUGAAAUAUGACAGUGACUUGACAACUGAUGGCAAUUUUUAUUAUCGUGGCUCGAAGAACGCUUGUGACAAGAGUUUCCAGUGCCAAAAUAACGCGACUUGCCAGUCUGGAUUUACACUCAAGGGAUAUCGGUGCUUGUGUCCUCCUGGAUUUAAGGGAGAACUUUGUGAAACGGACGUUGACGAAUGUAAAGGAAACCACGCUUGUCACGAAAGUGCAAACUGCACCAACACCAUUGGAUCACACGUAUGCGAUUGUCAGCCUGGAUAUACUGGAAACGGACAAAAUUGCACAGAUAUUGACGAAUGUAAAGGAAAUCACUCUUGUCACGUGAAUGCUACCUGCACGAACACCAACGGAUCCUAUCUUUGUGAAUGCCACCCUGGAUUUAGUGGAAAUGGUCAAAGCUGCACAGAUACUGGCGAGUGUAAAGAAGAUCAUUCAUGCCACGCGAAUGCUAGAUGCAAAAACACCCUUGGAUCACAUGUACGUGAAUGUCACCUUAGAUAUUCUGGAAAUGGACAAAACUGCACAAGCGAACUUAAUAUCUUUGCAACAAUAUUUAGAUUAGUCCAGCAUGACACGUUUGACUACAGCGCCGCACCAUUCAGCCGCAUAACUCAUAACUCAUUUUGA